GUAAAAACCCUAAAGAAAAGAAAAAGAAAAGGCAAAGAGAAAGGAUUUUAACAGUGAUGGGCAAGUAAAUGAGUGAGAAUCAUGUGAUCCACCUCCACUCUCUCUUAACUUUGAAUCAAAAGAAGCCAUGACAACAAUGCUCAUUAAUUAUUCCACCUACAGCAAACCACCCUCUUCUACUCUUUCGUCCUUCUCUGUCUUUCCUUUUCACUUUCACUACUCUUUACCUCAACUGCUAAUAUUUCUUCUCUCUUUGUUUGUAUACAUCAAUGGCUUCUAGCGCUUCAAGGUUCAUCAAGUGUGUUACUGUGGGAGAUGGGGCUGUGGGCAAGACCUGUAUGCUUAUUUGUUACACAAGUAACAAGUUCCCUACUGAUUAUAUACCAACAGUGUUUGAUAACUUCAGUGCAAAUGUGGUGGUUGAAGGAACCACUGUAAACUUAGGCCUCUGGGACACAGCUGGGCAAGAGGAUUAUAAUAGAUUAAGGCCCUUGAGCUACAGAGGGGCAGAUGUCUUCGUCUUAGCUUUCUCACUAGUUAGUCGAGCGAGCUACGAAAAUGUACUUAAAAAGUGGAUUCCAGAGCUUCAGCAUUAUGCCCCCGGCAUUCCAAUAGUACUGGUUGGUGCAAAAUUGGAUCUUCGUGAGGAUAAGCAUUAUUUGGCUGAUCACCCUGGAUUGGUGCCUGUGACCACUGCACAGGGAGAGGAACUCCGAAAACAAAUUGGUGCAGCAUACUACGUCGAGUGUAGUUCAAAAACUCAACAGAAUGUCAAAGCAGUUUUUGAUGCUGCAAUAAAGGUAGUUAUCAAACCAGCACAGAAACAGAAGGAGAGGAAGAAGAAGCCACACCGAGGAUGCCUGUUAAAUGUCUUUUGCGGGAGGAGGCUUGUGUGUCUGAAAUGAAGUACCCCUCGUCUCCAAAAGGUGACUGCUCUUUGGCGUAACUGCGGUGCUACACUGCUAAGAUACUGGGUCCUGCGAGCUUGGAUUUGAAUGCACUAUAUUUUGAUUGCGGCAUGGCUCCUUGCUAAAUGUCACUCUCUAAUUUUGUCCUAAUUUCAGUGGAAAAGAUAUUUUCAUCCAGUAUCUCCUUGCAUUCUAAUAUAUAUAUAUAUAUAUAUUGUAACUCAUUGUAAAAGGUGGAGUUCAGCUAGGUUUGUUGCAAGUUUUUAUUCUUCAUGGCAUCUUUCCUGA